GUCUUUGGCUAUGCGCCCGUGUCCGUCAUCCCUGUGUACGAUGCCAACGAUCCUGCCAAUCCCCGCCUGACGUGCUUGACGCCGCCAUGCGAGAAAGCCAUGUACCUCGAUGGUAUCGGCCCGGAGGACCCGGACGAGGACUGCAAUGGCUUCGUGACGGUGCAGAUGACCUUCAACGGUCGAAACAUGUUUGGCAACUUGAGCUACGAAUAUGUCAAGAUGCCACAGGUCUUCUAUGCCAGCCCCUUCCCAGCCGGUGGCUUCAAUAACGAAGUGACCAUAGCCCUCUUCGGCGAGAAUUUCCAGGAGCCAAUGUGGUGCCGCUGGUGGAAUCUGGAGGAGAGCAUGGCUACCGACGUGACCCCGGCCUUCAUGCGGUGCAGGGCCCCCGCGCUUCCUAGCGCGCUACAGCCGGACAACGCUACGGCCCACAGUGUUCUCAGCUACUUCGAGAUUUCACCGAAUGGACAGGACUGGGCUGCUUUCGACACCGCUACUUCGAGUUCCCUCCAAAUGAGAAAUGUUCUCCCACAUGUAUUAUACAAUGUUACUUUUGGGGGUUAA